AUGUGCCAACUUGAGCCAGUCGACUCGGACAUCUUCAGCAUUUCAUCUCACCCUUCUUCGAGAAUCCUGAGCGCCUGGGCGUAAUAGUGAUGGCAUCUGCUUCAUCUGCUUCUUUAACCCCUGGUCAAGCGUGUUUAGAAUGUCGCCGUCGGAAAGUCAAGUGUGACGGUUCCCGGCCGGUUUGCGGCCGCUGCGACCGCCUUCGGAAAGAAUGUGAAUACGAACAGAUCGUUCGUCGCCUUCAAGUGGACAUCAUGGAGGAUCGUCUCUCCGAGAUUGAGUCAGGGAUCCAGGCAUAUUUGAGACGUCCAGCAUCAAUGGAACAUCCACUGAUGAAGAAGCUUACUGGGGAUGGUGGUGAUCGCCACCACCCACAAAAUUUAGUCAGCCCUUUCUUACCCUUGUAUACUGGAGAACCCCGCAGCUCUUCAACGGUCGUUCCUGAAUCCAACGGCUCUGUCACUUCUGAGGCUUUGCUCGCAGGAUAUGGAUCAGUGACGCCCAGAACGAUUCCUGAAUCCGGUCUCGGACAAAUUGGCGUUGACUCAGAGCUCCCCGCUGAAUUGAGCGAGUACUUGAUACGAAUGGCCCUUCCGUUCCGGAAUCAAUUUCAUAUGAAUAUGCACUUGCCAAGGUUGCUAUUCAGGAGUCGUCUUCCGCCCACACACCCAGAUUCGAUUCACCCUGCUCUACUGAACUCCAUAUACCUGGCGGUAUGCUCCACCAGCGGGGGACAGAUGGCGGAAUACGAGUCGCGCUUCUUGACCAGAACUAGGACCGAGUCCGAACGGGCGUUGGGUUUUGUGGAUAGACUCGUCCACUUCAUGUGGGCUUCUGUCAUCUUAGCGUCCUACUAUAUUCGCCGUGGGCGUAUCGUGGAGGCCCAUAAUACCAUUUCGGGGACGGUCAGUUUUGCCGUGGCAGCGGGACUUCAUCGAGCACCCGACGUACCCCAUGGCACGGAGGUCAUCGUUCUUCCGCCAGCUGACGCGGUUGAAACUCAAGACCGUGUCGCUCUUUGGCAUGCUCUGACGCAACUGGAAGCAUCCAGUUCCCUGAGGACCGGUUUUCAGACUAUUGCUCCCAAGGAUCAUCAAGCCAGCAUAAGGGCUCUAUUUUUCGCGCAACCUGCCAUCCAGGUAAUACCCUCUGUGCCACAUGUGGUGUUGCAGACUAAAGCUUCCGCCCUUCUAAUGGGCAUACGAGAAUACCUCGUAGCCAUCAAAGAUGUCGGAACCGCAGGGCUGCCUCCUGCAGCGACUGAACGCUACUCGAUGCUUGUAACGUCCCUACGCAUUAUCCAACAAGAAAUCCCCGCUGUAGACCGACCUCUCGGCCUUCAAUCCACCGAGUCCGUCAGCAAAACGAAUCCUGCCAUUGUUCAACUCCAUUGCUAUGUGAACCUCUGUUCCAUCCUGCUGUAUAACGCCGCGGCCGCUGAAAACCCGAGGGACAUUCAACUCACUGUGCGGUCUGCGGAAUCGAUGGCCCGUGCCUGUUCCGCUGUGCGGCGUGAUGAGCCCCUAUUGCUUAUACAGGCACACCCAGACUUGGUGUGGUGUCUCCAUAGUGCUUGCGAAGUCCUCAUUCGCGACUUCAUGACGCGCAGAGCUCAAAAUGAAAAUAACGCUGCAGUGCUCGAAGAGAGAGAAGCAUUUAUUAAAUCUGUUUUUGACGUCUUGAAUGAUCUUAUUGGAUUUUUCCCUUCCUCCGAACCUGUCAUUGGCAAUCUCCCUCAACUCCUAUUGGGAGGGGAUCAAUAUGAGACAAUCUGACGAGGGAGGAUACAAGAUGCACGAGCAGGAAUCCGGAUCUUUCAUGCAACUAUCAUCUCAUCCAUUUCAUCCUGUUUCGUCGUUCCCAUUUGCAGAACCCACAUGGGAUUUUCGAAUCAUUUAGAACUAGACUAGACGCACUUGUGCUUUUGAAUCUAUGAUUUUGUCUCCCUGACCCAGU